CCCAAGAUAAUCUUCAAGAGAGAAAGUUCUGCACUGCUUGUUUCUCGAGAAAAUUUCACCCAGCGAACGGGAGAAUGCUUCUCAAGGCCGCUUCUGCUUUCUCGCUCCUGAACAUCCACGGAGAGAGGAAGGACAUCUCUCCUCUCUCCUCCGUUUCGUCCGCAACUGAUUUCUCCUCGGGUCUUCGGAUUUCUUCUGGAAAAUCUGGGACACAGUCGUUCUUCGUCCGCGCUUCCAAAGGCUCCACCACUCGCACACUAACCGGCGUUGUUUUCGAGCCGUUCGAGGAGGUGAAGAAGGAGCUCGAUCUCGUCCCCACCCUUCCUCAGCUCUCGCUCGCUCGACAGAAGUACUCCGACGAGUGCGAAGCCGCCGUAAAUGAGCAGAUCAAUGUGGAAUACAACGUCUCUUAUGUGUACCACGCCAUGUACGCAUACUUCGAUCGGGACAACGUUGCGCUUAAGGGUCUCGCCAAGUUUUUCAAGGAAUCAAGUGUUGAGGAAAGAGAGCAUGCGGAGAAGUUGAUGGAGUAUCAGAUCAAACGCGGUGGGAGGGUCAAGUUGCAGUCGAUUGUGAUGCCCCUUUCAGAAUUCGAUCAUGUGGAGAAAGGAGAUGCUUUGUAUGCCAUGGAGUUGGCUCUGUCUCUGGAGAAACUGACGAAUGAAAAGCUCCUAAACGUGCACAGCGUGGCUUCGAAGAAUGGUGAUGUCCAAUUGGCAGAUUUUAUGGAGAGCGAGUUUCUGGGCGAGCAGGGGGAAGCCGUUAAGAAGAUGUCAGAAUACGUAGCUCAGCUCAGAAGAGUCGGCAAAGGACACGGAACAUGGCACUUCGAUCAAAUGCUUCUGGAGGAGCAAGCUGCCAUCGCAUGAUUUUUCUGGAUCCUUCGAACUUGUUAUGCGUCUCUCGGCAAAAAUAGCUAAUGAUCUUAUGAUUCUAUUUCUCUCUGUUCAGUGAACUGAGACGUUUUUGUUCUGAGAAACUAUGAUCUUCUGGGCCUAAUGAAAGUUUUAUGCAAGAGACUC